AUGGAAUCCCAGGAAACAGAUGAUGAAAAGGCUCCCUUCAUUUUAACACCAGAUGACGUUCAAGAUGAAAGCCCGAAAGCAACAAGAACUCCUCUGCCAUGGCGGCAAUUCUCCAUCCUUUUAUUACUGCAAUUGUCAGAGCCUCUGACAUCACAGGUGAUUGCACCAUUCUUACCCCAGCUUAUCAGAGAGGUCGGUAUCACACAUGAGGAUGAUUCCAGCAUAGGACACUAUGUUGGCUUGGUGCAUUCUCUAUUCUUUAUGACCGAAGCAUGCACGGUAUUCCAUUGGAGUCGUGCGUCAGACCAGAUCGGACGCAAACCAGUCCUUAUGACUGGACUUCUCGGACUCUCGAUGUCGAUGUAUUGCUUCGGACUAUCUAAAACAUUUUGGGCCCUCGUUCUCAGGUUCGUUGUCCUGAAUGGCGCCCUGAAUGGGAACAUAGGGAUCAUGAAGAGUAUGAUAGCAGAAAUUACCGAUCCAACGAAUAUGGCUUUGGCGUAUAGUAUCAUGCCUCUUGCGUGGUUUUUCGGAACCACAAUCGGGCCACUUAUCGGUGGAUUACUAGAACAUCCGGCGGAGAAAUACCCCACGGUUUUUGGAGGCUCCACAUUCUUCAAGGCAUACCCAUAUUUCCUUCCAUGCUCAGUUUCCGCAACUUUUGCUGUGAUAUGCUGGUUUAUCACUUAUUUCUUGCUGGAGGAGACCACCACACCGCAAAUGUCUGCAAAAGAUUACAUCCUUGGUCGCAAGUCCAAGCCUCAGGGACCGAACGGAAGAUCACCAGCAGCAACGGAGAACGGCGUUCAUUGUGAUAAUAACGAGGGUCAACUACCUCUUCGGAAACUCUUGGUUCCCAACGUGUUGGUUGCUGCGGGCUGUUAUGCCUUCAUCGCGCUCACCGACAUUGCGGUCCGCACGGUGUUACCCGUUUACUUUGCGGUUCCUGUGGAAAUGGGUGGACUGGGACUCGGCCCUUCGGCCAUCGGUACCACCCUUUCACUAUUGGGAGUUGCCAGUGGUGUCUGCCAAACGCUCUUCUUUGCAUGCUUACAUGAUCGAUUGGGUCCAAAGUACCUGUACCUCAUGGGAUCAUUCUUAUAUAUCCCUGCAAUCGUCCUCUUCCCUGUGAUGACUUGGGUAGCGCAAAAGAGAGGACUGGACGGUCUUGUCUGGACCCUUGUUGGAUCCCAGAUAAUGUUAUUCAUGUUUUCUGGUUUAUCGUUCAGCGUCACAUUCAUAUACAUUAAUGCGGCUGCCCCAAACCGCGCUUCUAUUGGUGCAACUAACGGCCUUGCACAGAUGAUGGUGUCCGUGACGCGUGCGUUAGGCCCUGCAAGCGCUAACUCGGCAUUUUCGUUGAGUAUCCAAAGGCAUGUAAUGGGAGGUUACCUCGUGUAUUGGAUGAUGAUAGUGAUGGCGAGUAUUACGCUGGGAAUUGGGUUCUUCUUACCGAAGAAACCGUGGAAGGUUUGA